AUGACUACCGACUUCAAGAUCCAGGCUAUGAGACAGCAUGUCCACGCUGCUUCGAACGUGAAGGGUCGUCAACAGCAGUUGGAUCGAGACAUCGGCACAUCAUGCAAUCUAUUGCCAGUGAUACUCAGCAAUCAACUGCGACAACGUGCGAUGAGAAAGCUGAAAUUCCACGAGCAGAAGUUGCUCAAGAAGGUCAACUUUUACGAUUGGAAGUCGACCGACAAUGUGCGAGAGUCGGCCUUGCUUCAAAAAUAUCAGAUAGAGAACCGCGAAGACUUCACCAAGUAUCACAAACUGGCAGGUCUGGUCACGAAGGUGGUUGCGAAGCUUCGGAAGAUGAAGGCUUCCGACGAAGACCGCAUCAAGAUGACGGAAAUCUUGCUGGACAAGCUCUAUUCGCUGGCUCUGAUACAAAACAAGCAGAGCCUCGAGGACUGUGUGGACUUGCACACUUCCAGAUUCUGCCGACGGCGCCUUCCGGUAGUGCUCGUGAAGAUGAAGUUGUGCGAGAACCUGCCUCAAGCGAUCACGUACAUCAAGCAGGGUGAAGUGCGAAUCGGCCCGGACUUGGCCACCAAUCCAGCGCUUCAUGUGACGCGAGAAAUGGAGGAUCACAUUACCUGGGCCGAGGGGUCCAAGAUGAGACGCCACAUCAAAGAGUUCAGCAAUGAGGUCGACGAUUUCGACCUUCUGGGCAAUUAG